AUGGCCGAAGAAGGGAAGGAAGUGGUGAUUUGUGGCGGCGGCAUUGUCGGCUGCGCCACAGCGUACUUCCUCACCCUCAAGGGUCUCCGCCCCGUGCUCAUCGAGCGUGCUGCAGUCGCGGCGGCCGCUUCGGGGCAUGCUGGCGGCUUCCUCGCCCGAGGUUGGGGCUCGGGCGCCACUGAGGCGCUACACCAUCAAGGGUUCGACCUUCAUGAGAAGCUGGCCAAG